AUGGUCGCGGCGCCUGACUUUCAUGAUGAAAUACCAUUGCUAACUCCAAAUGCCAUGGAGCACUGUCUUCAACGAAAUAAAACCAAGAGUGGUCUCGUUAUACGUAUAAGGGAUUACGAAAUGAAAAAUUAUGAAUAUGUGCUUUACGUAAUCGAGGUCCAUGUGAGUUACAUAUCGACCGUCACUGUUGAGGCACAAAAAGCUGCUGGAGAUCUUCGUGUUUGGUCCGUAAGCAGGCGAUUCUCUGAGUUCGUUCGCCUUCGAGAAGCUCUUGAGAAACUGCAUCCAACAUGCUUACUUCCCGUUCUCCCCAAUAAAAUGGAUGGUGCUAAUGCUUCUUGGCACCGCUUGACUGCUCUACUAACUGGUGAUGAUCUUAUCAGCAAAUUAUCUAUGAGCCGUCUCACGCCUUGGUCUUCAAGCCAAUCGCAUCUGUCUACUCCAAAUUGCUCCUUUUUUUCAGAUCCUACAACGUCAUUAUUUAAUUCGUCAGAAUCUAAUUUUCGUCUGCUUCCAGGUGCAAUAUCUGGUCGCCGGUUUUGCAUAAAUCUUAUUGAAGCCAGACGGGUUGCUUUGGAAAUAUUUCUUAGGCGUGCUCUAGAACAUCCCCGACUCGGAUGUGAUCCGCUCUUGAUUUCCUUUCUAUGUGAAGAUAAAAGUUGGCGGUACAGCCUUAAGGUACCCCUUACUAUCUUUAUUGUUAUCUCUAUGCAUAUAUGA